GUUGGAUCAAGCCUGGACCUGAGAACACCAGAGACCAUGGUGGAGAGUGUUGGAUCAAGCCUGGACCUGAGGACACCAGAGACCAUGGUGGAGAGUGUUGUAUCAAGUCUGGACCUGAGAAAUGGAUUCUUCAGAGCUGUAAGACUUGUGACGAUAGUGAGGACUCCACACACUGGCUUCAGAUUGAACCCUUGACUUCCACUGUCCAGGGAGUGACAAUGUUCAGGCACAGGACACCCAAAGGGAGUUAUGAGUGCACAGUGUCUGGUCUCCGCUGGCUGUGUGAGAGAGAUGUCAUUCUAAAGUAUCACUUCAGGAACUGGGAACCCUACAGUCAACUUCUGAAAGACAUGCAGUACACACAAGGUGGUCCAUUGCUGGACAUCACUAUGGAGUUAGGUGAACUGGAGGAAGUUCAUCUGCCACACUUUGUCUGUUUAGGGACCAACCCUUCCCUGAGGAAUGAGAUGAAGAUUCUUCAUGUAGAGGAACAUGGAGUGUCUUUAGAGGAAGUGCAUGAGGUCACCAGAUUCCAUGCUAAGAUUCUCCAUCCCAAGUUCUCAGCUAUCUCUCUGAUACUGAGCUAUAUCUUUUCUUGGAACGUCCACUGUGACGUGGUCCUCUAUUUGGCAGUAAAAAGGUCAACAGUAAUUUCAAGGCUGUACCUGCUCCUCAGAAACUCGAGUCAGAAAGAGUUAUAUUGUAACCUGACUCUCUCAGGUGCUGUGUCGGGGGCAGGAGGUCCAGCUGAGAGCAGUCUGACUGGUUCUACAGAGCACCAGCUGCGUUCUGUACGGACAGAGUUUGUGAAACGAGUGUCAAGACCUGUCCUGAAUGAACUUCUGGACGGACUCCUGGAACAAACAGUCAUCAACCAGGAGGAAAUGGAGUCAGUGAAGGUGAUCGCUAAGAGGGCAGAGAUGGCACGUGACAUCAUCGACAUGGUGUUGAGAAAAGGAAAUGAGUCGUGUUCCAGGAUGAUCAACCUUCUUGGGAAGCUGGACCCCCGUCUUUGGACAGAGCUUCAGAACAACAGUUGUAGUCAACCCCUGGAGGUGGGGAGACCAGGCAGAGUAGACAGAAAGGAUGGUUCAACAUGUUCUUGCUGUCUGUUGCUUUAAUUCAGGCGUUACA